AUGCGGGCAGCAGAAAGAAAAAACAACUCGAUUGAGAAGAAACUAGAAGAACUUCAAAUUAAGCUGUGUCAGUUGGAGAGCUGUAACGUCAACUCGGUCCCUGCAUCUUCCAACAAUUCGAAAGUUGUUAAGAGUAGUAAUUCUGAUCAACAUCAAUCAACUCCAAUGAGGAAAAAUCAACUCAAGAGUGAAAAAUCUGCUACAGCUAAAAAUACAUUGCGUAGUACAGAUUACUGCACAGAUGAGGAGGAACUUGCCAAGGAGACGGAAUGGGUGAGAGUGAAAAAUGGGAGAUCUAAGAAGAGGAAGCUGAAUACUUUGCUUACCCCUCCAUCAGAAGGAAAAACAACCAACUAUAAUAAGGAAUUUGAAGAAGUUGAAGAUAGCUGCAAUUCAUCACCACCACCAACAAUCACCAUGAAUGAAGGAGAUUCAUCUCCAGAAAAAUUCAUUCAACCAGACCAGCUUAAAACUCCUGCAGAGCAAAUACUGUAUAAUGCAUGGAAAGAAGCUGAUAAUAGGAUGCGGGCAGCAGAAAGAAAAAACAACUCGAUUGAGAAGAAACUAGAAGAACUUCAAAUUAAGCUGUGUCAGUUGGAGAGCUGUAACGUCAACUCGGUCCCUGCAUCUUCCAACAAUUCGAAAGUUGUUAAGAGUAGUAAUUCUGAUCAACAUCAAUCAACUCCAAUGAGGAAAAAUCAACUCAAGAGUGAAAAAUCUGCUACAGCUAAAAAUACAUCGCGUAGUACAGAUUACUGCACAGAUGAGGAGGAACUUGCCAAGGAGACGGAAUGGGUGAGAGUGAAAAAUGGGAGAUCUAAGAAGAGGAAGCUGAAUACUUCGCUUACCCCUCCAUCAGAAGGAAAAACAACCAACUAUAAUAAGGAAUUUGAAGAAGUUGAAGAUAGCUGCAAUUCAUCACCACCACCAACAAUCACCAUGAAUGAAGGAGAUUCAUCUCCAGAAAAAUUCAUUCAACCAGACCAGCUUAAAACUCCUGCAGAGCAAAUACUGUAUAAUGCAUGGAAAGAAGCUGAUAAUAGGAUGCGGGCAGCAGAAAGAAAAAACAACUCGAUUGAGAAGAAACUAGAAGAACUUCAAAUUAAGCUGUGUCAGUUGGAGAGCUGUAACGUCAACUCGGUCCCUGCAUCUUCCAACAAUUCGAAAGUUGUUAAGAGUAGUAAUUCUGAUCAACAUCAAUCAACUCCAAUGAGGAAAAAUCAACUCAAGAGUGAAAAAUCUGCUACAGCUAAAAAUACAUCGCGUAGUACAGAUUACUGCACAGAUGAGGAGGAACUUGCCAAGGAGACGGAAUGGGUGAGAGUGAAAAAUGGGAGAUCUAAGAAGAGGAAGCUGAAUACUUCGCUUACCCCUCCAUCAGAAGGAAAAACAACCAACUAUAAUAAGGAAUUUGAAGAAGUUGAAGAUAGCUGCAAUUCAUCACCACCACCAACAAUCACCAUGAAUGAAGGAGAUUCAUCUCCAGAAAAAUUCAUUCAACCAGACCAGCUUAAAACUCCUGCAGAGCAAAUACUGUAUAAUGCAUGGAAAGAAGCUGAUAAUAGGAUGCGGGCAGCAGAAAGAAAAAACAACUCGAUUGAGAAGAAACUAGAAGAACUUCAAAUUAAGCUGUGUCAGUUGGAGAGCUGUAACGUCAACUCGGUCCCUGCAUCUUCCAACAAUUCGAAAGUUGUUAAGAGUAGUAAUUCUGAUCAACAUCAAUCAACUCCAAUGAGGAAAAAUCAACUCAAGAGUGAAAAAUCUGCUACAGCUAAAAAUACAUUGCGUAGUACAGAUUACUGCACAGAUGAGGAGGAACUUGCCAAGGAGACGGAAUGGGUGAGAGUGAAAAAUGGGAGAUCUAAGAAGAGGAAGCUGAAUACUUCGCUUACCCCUCCAUCAGAAGGAAAAACAACCAACUAUAAUAAGGAAUUUGAAGAAGUUGAAGAUAGCUGCAAUUCAUCACCACCACCAACAAUCACCAUGAAUGAAGGAGAUUCAUCUCCAGAAAAAUUCAUUCAACCAGACCAGCUUAAAACUCCUGCAGAGCAAAUACUGUAUAAUGCAUGGAAAGAAGCUGAUAAUAGGAUGCGGGCAGCAGAAAGAAAAAACAACUCGAUUGAGAAGAAACUAGAAGAACUUCAAAUUAAGCUGUGUCAGUUGGAGAGCUGUAACGUCAACUCGGUCCCUGCAUCUUCCAACAAUUCGAAAGUUGUUAAGAGUAGUAAUUCUGAUCAACAUCAAUCAACUCCAAUGAGGAAAAAUCAACUCAAGAGUGAAAAAUCUGCUACAGCUAAAAAUACAUUGCGUAGUACAGAUUACUGCACAGAUGAGGAGGAACUUGCCAAGGAGACGGAAUGGAACAAUAGAUUUGCUUACGCUAGAAAAAUAGAGCCGGCUGUGAGUGGAAGUAGUUCGCGUGUGCGCGCUCACGUCCGUGCGUUCGCGUCGCCUGCCGCGGUCGGUCACCUCGCGAAAAACGAACUGGCGAAAAAGAACUGCUGA